GUUCCGGAUCGACAGAGCGAGCUCUGGGACUGCAGACAGGAAUAGAAAAUGGAGAAACAGGAGCCAACAGGACCCCAGACACAGGAGAUGUUGAACGAGGGUGGAGGAGCCCCUUCUGCUGUUCAAGAUGAGACAGCCCCACAAAAGGCUCAACAGGUGCCCGAUGAGACAGCUCUGCAAGAUACCAGCCAGAUGGCUGAUGAAAGUCUACAACAUCACCGGGAAACCCAGCAGCCGGAUUCCCAGAAGGCAGUGAAGUCCCGGAGGAAGCCACUGCUGCCCACUCGAUGGGACCAUUCCAAAACUUUCCAGGCUUCCUUCAGGAGAAUAGCUGAUGCCAUCCACUGGCCUAGAGAAGAGAGGAUGACCCAAAGCUUGCCAGGCUUCAGUGAUGAAGCCACUCAGGCCUAUCAGAGCCUGGAUGCUGCAAGGCUCCAAGUGAAGAAGGAAGAUCUGGCGGAUGAGGAGGACAUGGUGAGCCUGGAGAUAUGGCGCCGGCGGUUCAGGCAGUUCUGCUACCUGGAGGCUGAGGGACCCCGAGAAGUUUGCAGCCAGCUCCAGGACCUUUGCUAUCGAUGGCUGCGGCCGGAGAAACACACAAAGGAGCAGAUCCUGGAGUUUCUGAUCCUGGAGCAGUUCCUGGCCAUAUUGCCAGAGGAAAUGCAGAUCUGGGUCAGGAAGCAUGGACCAGAGACCUGCGCCCAGGCCGUGACCUUGGCGGACGUGUUCUCAUGGAAGCUGCAAGAGAACGAGAGAUGGGACCAGCAGGUGCCAGGGCCAGUUGAAAAAGUGGCUGUUAAUUUCUCUAAGACAGACCCUUUGAAGAUGCAGCUGUACAUGGUGGCCAUGCAAGAGGGCGAAAGGAUAGCCAGCUUGCUGGCAGGCAAUGGCCAAGUGAGUGAGAAUGAGGAGGAGAAUCUUCAGCUGGAAAGGCUGGAGCAAAUGGAGCGCAAGAGGAUGUCGCUGAAAAGGGCUAAAGGGAGCAUCUUCCUAUUUCCUGAGAUGGGAGAGAGGCCUGGAAUUCAGCUGGCAGCUGGAAGGAAGGAAUUCCACUUUCCUGAGAUGGAAGUGACGUCAGGAAGUCAGCAGCCAGCAGAGAGGCACCAGAGAAGCCUCCUAGAGCAGACGGCAAAAAAAGCCUUUCUUUAUGAAGGGGAGAACAGUUUAAACAAAAGCACUUUGUGUGAGGCACUUGAGGAGGAGGGGGAAAGAAAAAAGUCAGUUGCGGACAGUGGGAAAAGCUCCAGCCAGAGUACCGAUCCUCUUAAAAACUUGAACGUCCAGGCAGGAAAGAAGCCAUACAGAUGCUCAUAUUGUGGGAAAAACUUCAACCAUGCCUCGGCCCAUCUGGUCCACGAGAGGAUCCACACAGGAGAGAAACCGUACAACUGCUUGGAGUGUGGGCAGAGUUUCAGUCGGAGAUCGCACCUUACUAGGCACCAUAGAAUCCACACAGGGGAGAAGCCACACACGUGCUCAGAGUGUGGGAAGAAUUUCAGUCGGAGAUCGCACCUUAUCGAACAUGAGAGAACCCACACGGGAGAGAAACCAUUUGCAUGCUCCAUCUGCGGGAAGAGUUUUAAUUAUCGGUCGCUCCUUAAAGAGCACGCAAGAAUCCACACAGGUGAGAAGCCAUAUAAAUGCUCAGACUGCGGUAAAAGCUUCAAUCGGAGAGAGAGCUUUAUAAUCCACGAAAGAACGCACACGGGGGAGAAACCCUACGAAUGCCUAGACUGUGGGAAAAGAUUCAGUCAGCGAUCAAACAUUACUGCCCAUGAAAAAACCCACAUGGGGGAGGGAAAAUAUAAAUGUUCAGAGUGUGGGAAAAGCUUCUGCAAUUCCACUGGUCUCCUGAAACAUCAGAAAAUCCACACAGAAGGGAAGGGGCUGGAUCAGCGCUCGGGGUGGCGGUGCGUGGCCAGCCCGGCGGACGAAUCCGGAGGAGCAGAUCCGGGGUGGGGAAGAGGCAGAAGAACAAAAGGAGCCGAGGCGGCGCACUGUGCCUGCAGCCCGCGAGGCCCUUUGAGCAGGUUAGAGAUGAUGAAAGCGGAGGAGAACCAAGUGAAAAAGGAGAAGAUCCUUCUAAAGAAAGAGGAAGAUGAGAACCCUUUAAAGGAAGAGGAAUUUGAGAACCUAGAGGAAGAGGAAAAGAGGAACCUGGUGAAAGAGGAAGCAAUCCCUCAGGAGGAGGAGAUCCUGGUGAAAGAGGAAGAGGAGAUCCUGGUGAAAGAGGAGGAGGAGAUCCUGGUGAAAGAGGAGGAGGAGAUCCUGGUGAAAAAGGAGGAUUGUGAACAGACUGAAGAGGGCGAGUCCCUUCUGGAAGAAUAUGAAAUAAAUGUUUUCCAGAAUCCUGGGGAUGAGGAUGAACCCUGUGAUACUGCGAUACAAGGAUAUGUCCCAAAGAAAAGACGUUGUAAAGCUGUACCGCGGGAGGGAACUGCUGUGGAAUCCAACAAAGCCACAGUCAAGAAGGGUGGAAGAAUCUAUAAGUGCCCUGACUGUGGGAAAAUAUUCAAACGGUGUUCACCCCUUAUCAGACACCGAAGAACUCACACCGGGGAAAAACCUUAUGUCUGUCGUGAGUGUUUGAAACGCUUCAGCGAUAGCUCUGCCCUGGUGAAGCACCAAAGAAUCCAUGCAGGAGAGAAACCUUACACAUGUCCUGAGUGUGGGAAGAGCUUUUCCCAAAGCUCAACCCUUAUCGCACAUCAGAGAAUACAUACCGGAGAGAAACCGUAUAAGUGCCCUGAUUGUGGAAAGAGUUUCAGCGUGAGCUCGAAUCUUGUUGCUCAUCAAAGAAUCCACACAGGAGAGAAGCCUUUUGGGUGCCCUGUCUGUUUGAAAGGCUUCCUGGUCAGCUCCCAUCUCAUCAGACACUUGAGAAUACACACAGCAGAGAAACCUUAUAUUUGCAGAGAAUGUGGGGAAUGCUUCACUCAGAGCUCCCACCUUGUUGUACAUAAGAGAAUCCAUACGGGUGAAAAACCUUAUCUGUGUUCUGAGUGUGGGAAGAACUAUCGUGGGAUCUCAGAUUUGAUCCAGCAUCAGAGAAUUCACACGGGAGAGAAGCCCUACAAAUGCUCAGAGUGUGGGAAGUGCUUCAGCCAAAGCUCAUGUCUUAAGAAGCAUCAGAGAAUACACACAGGAGAGAAACCUUACAUGUGCCUGAAAUGUGGGAAAAGGUUUAAUCGGAAUUCACACCUGACUAGGCACCAGAAAACCCACAUUGGAUAAUUCCAAAGGAUCUGGAAGUUCAUCUCUGCAAUUACAGCUACUGUACAAGAAGUAAAGCCAGGAAUCUCAAAUAGUUAGCCUUUCCUCAUCUUCCGAAGGAUCUUUUGCCCCACCACCUCAAACUCAUAUUGUAGGAAUAUCAUCAAGGACAUAAGAUCUUGAAUGAGUUUGGAUAUGCUGCCAUUACUACUGUCCUUUUCCCGCUUCUGGCUCUGGUUAAGAUCUGCUUUCCAGAGUUCUUACUCUCCAUCCAUUUUGUAACUGGUUCCUAGAAUUUUCCGUGGAAUAUCUAUACUUUCUUUUUAUUACUAGUUUUAAUAAAGGCACCUUUGGACAUGUUAGCUCCUUGAAUAGCCCUGUAGAUUGUGAAUUUUGAGAUUCCUGGUGUCGUUCAAGAAAACCUUCCAGUUUCCAUUAGAUUGUUCCCAAACCCUUGGAAGCUCUAAUAAAUGUGGAGGAGAAAGAAAGAAAAACAACCAUGAGACCUUGUCUGAUCAAUACCUAUCCUAAACUCUGUGGUGAUGUAAACUUCCCCCCUUUUCUCUGCUGUGGUAGUACAUAAAACAUAUACACGUCAUCCAUUGGACCUGCUCUGUGUCUCCACUGUCUACUGCUGAUGGGAAACUACAUUUGAAAAACAAUCCCCUUUACUCUGCUCAUAAUAGAGUUUGCCACAUGGCAAAAAGAAAGAAGAAAACAGGAUCUAGUAUGUCUCCUUGUUUCUGUUUCCCCCCCGAUAAUGAGGCUAUGGAAUUUUGACUGCUUGGCACCUGAGUUAUAAGCCUGCAUCUUCCUAAGGCCAAGCGCCCCUUGAUUUUGGAUGUCCAUCAAAUCGAUGAGGAGUUGUGUGUCAGUGGUGGAGAUCACCUGCUUUGCAUGCAGAAAGUCCCAGGUUCAGCCACUGGCAUUUCCAGCUUAAAGGGUCCCUGAUACCUGGGGCUUGGAAAGAUCCCUUGUCUUGGAACGCCGCUGCUAGUCAGAAUAUUCAAUACUAGGCUAAAUUGACUGAUGUUCUUCAUUUGUUCACCUUCUCUGAUCCACCACAUUGUAUCCUAAGAAGCAGGAAACAGACUCCGUUAAACGCCCUGUCUGGCGUUGCCUGAGAACAAUUUGGGGUCUCACCCUGUUUGGUCCUUAGCAUGCAUAGUUCAGCUCGCAAUAGCAACAUCAGAGCUUUAAAAUGUCAAUGUGAUUAUUUUUCUAAUGCUUUUUCUUUUUAGUGGAGAUUAUUGAAGAUCGGGAUUAGUUGUUUUUUAAGUGACAUUAGAAUAGCGGCUAAGAGACUGAGCUACGAAUCAGAAAGUCCUUGGUUUGAAUCUCACCACCUCCAUCCUUGCUAGAUGGCCUUAGGUAAGCUGUUGUUCUCUCAGCCUCAGGCUCAGCCAUCUGCAGUAUUGAGAUAAUAAUACUGACCUACUUUACAGGGUUGUUCUCACAGUUGUAGCAAGACAUUAUCGGUGAAGUGCUUUGAAGGUUCUAAAAGUGCUAUAUAAAUGCUUAGUAUUAUUUUUUUUAUCUUGGGUUUGGGGUCAAUGUUAAGGCUCCCACGUGGUAAAUGUAAGUGGGCUCCAUAAUAUAUUCCACUUAAACUUUUCUGUGUGGGCGUGCGUGUGCAUGCAGCCCUGUUCGGAAGACCCCUCUCCCAAGGUAACUAGAUUUUUUUGAGGGGGAACUCAGGGAUAGGCCUGUUGGUUCCGCCCCUUCUCUCAUGUCCUCGUCUCUGACCCCAAACCCUUGUGCACGUUGGAGGGUAACUUGUACUUUGGGGAGCUUUUUCUACUCAAGUCAGCGCCCCGCACAAUUUAGAACCCCGAUUAUGCUGGAAGCCUACUUGAGUAGAGAAGGCUCCCCAUGGCAAAAUAUAUCCAUCCAGCAUGCGAAGCAGCCUUUCCCAAUGUGGUGCUCUCCAGGUAUUUUGGACUUUAACUCCCGUCAGCCCCAAUCUGCAAGGCCAAUGGUCAGGAAUGCUGGGAGUUGUCAUCCAAAACAAUUAGAGGGCAGCUGGUUGUGGAAAUCUGGUGUGGAGGGUUGAGGGGAGCCAAGAGCUCAGGAGGGGGCGGGGCUAAUGGGCUCUUCCCCACUCUCCCACCCCCACGAUUCUCAUCACCAGGGAAGCAUGCAGCUGUGCUCUCUUCUGAGCAUGAGCAGUAGAGGUUCUUGCCACCCUCUGAAGCCAGGGCGAGAGUUCUGAGGUGGGAAAAUGGUCAGGAGAGGUGGGAUGCUGGCUGAGGAAAGAACCAAUCAGGAAGGAGGGGGCCCGGGAGCUGGAUACAGAAUCAGGCACUAGUCUUCGCUCAGGAGCAGAUGGAAGACUUGAGAGAUGCCCUUGAAAGAAACCCUGGAGGAACAAGAGAAAAGACUUCUGCCUCAAUAUUUGACAGCUCUAGAAGUACCUAACAUAGUAUUUGGACCUUUCCUUCAACAGCCCCUUUAAGCCCCUGCUUCAGUUUACAUCAGGACAUUUUCCCUUUCGUUAUGGUGAAGAUGUACUUUCCUGCCUGCUGUGUUUUCUUUUCUGAAGAGGAUAUCUGAUACUUUUCUUCUUGCAGUAUAAGGAAGGGGUGUUGUUGCUGUUGUGAUUGUUUUUUUCUUCUUUUGUUCCAAACAUCAAAAAAUAACGAUAAAGUAUUACACUCCCAAAGUAUGCACAAAACCCUAUGCUUAUUGGGUAAUUACGGUGUGCAGUGCAAUCCUGUGUAUGUUUACUCAGAAGUAAGCCCCACUGCGUUGAGUGAUGCUUACUCUCAGGUCAGUGUGUAUAGGAUUGCAGCCUUAGAGUGUAAUUUGAAAAAAUAAAUAA